AUGAAAAUAAUUGGAAUAAUUAAAAAAAUCUCUCGUAAUAUAAAAUAUUAUCAUGAUAAAAAAGAUGAAGAAGAUUCAAUAAAUUUAGUUGAUUCAUCAGAUUCAAAUGAUAAUGAAAAUAUUCGAAUUCGAAAUCGAUUAAUUCGUCGAAUAUCACUGUCAUUUAUAAUUCGAUUUUUAUUAUUAAUACCAUUAUCGAUUUAUUUAUUUAUUAUAUUAACACCAAUUAAAAAUAUUCAAUCAUUUAUUCCUAAUCAAUUAGAAAAAACAAAAAAUUUUCUUAUUAUUGUUGCACAUCCCGAUGAUGAAUGUUUAUUUUUUAGUCCAACAAUUCUUGGUUUAAUAUAUCGUCAAAAAGUUGGACAUAUUCUUGUUUUUUCGACUGGUAAUAGUAAUGGUUUAGGAGCAAUUAGAGAAAUUGAAUUAAAACAAAGUUGUCAAAGAUUAGGUGUUAAUUUAUCAAAUUGUAUAUCAUUAAAUUUAACGGAUUUACAAGAUAAUCCAAAAGAUUGGUGGCCUAAAGAAAAAAUAUCUGAAAUAGUCGAAAAAUAUAUAAAAAAAUUUGAAAUUGAUUUAUUAAUAACAUUUGAUAAUGGUGGAAUAUCUGGUCAUCUUAAUCAUAGAUCAUUAUCUAUUGGAAUUGAAUAUUAUAUUAUUAAUUCAAAUAAAACUCCAUUUAUAUAUGAAAUAUCAACUGUUUCAUUUUUAUUUGAAUUUUCUUCAAUAUUUGAUAUAUUUCGAACAAUAAUUCAAUUUCUACCUCGAUUAAUUCGAAAUUUAUUUUCAACAAUAUUUCCAUUUUUAUUUUCUCAACCGAAUGAUAAACGUAUUUUAUUUCUAAAUUCACCAUUUCAAUAUAUUCAAGGAUUAAAAGCUUUUCAUGCUCAUCGAUCACAAAUGCUUUGGUAUAGACAUAUUUAUACAACAUUUAGUCGACAUAUGUUUAUUAAUGAUUUAACUAAAAUUUCACACAAUUAA